UCAAGUGAUCGGUUGGUCUUUUCCAGAGCCGUCUGUUCGAAGGGCGUAGUCACAUGUAUUUUCUGUGUGUUUGUUGGGGGCAGGGCACUGAUGGUGGGCGUAGUCGUUUGCUGGAGCUGUUCAGCUGAAACAGCUCAAGUAAUAUUGCUGUGACUCUGUAAAUAAAGCUUGACUGUAAAUAGAAACUGAAAGUAAAGUCUCCUGCUGAUUCCUAGACCAAAAUAAACUCAACUCACUGCACCAUUAGUAAGAGUAAUGUAAGAAUAGUGAGUCACUCACUACUCUCAUUCCUCUUCUUUAGAUACUGGAGAAUAUAUUAAUUAUAUAACACAUAUAAUGAUAUAACAAUGGCGUGACAGACCCACAUAUGCCUAGGUUGAGGAACAGGAAUUAUGAAGGAGCUCAAUGGGAGGAGCUCAUACCUGUGUACUUAAUGUAGGUACAGGUGAGGCAAGAUAAAGGAUUCCUUGUCUCGCCUGAUACUACCAGCUUAAAGCACAGCCAGGUAUGUCCAUCAAAACCAGCUCGAUCUUACUUCAGAAGGGGCACAGAUCAAACAUUUCAAUCGAAGAGAGGGCGGGUGAAAGCACAGCCAAGAAAUAAUGGAGUCAAAUGCUUCACAAAGUCAGUUUAGGAACAAAACAGCAGGUGUCAAAGGGCCAGUAGUGAAAAGAAAGGUUUGGGCUGGAAUAUCAGGAGUUGGAAGAGGUGCAAUGAAGAUGGACAAGGUUGCUGGCGAGGAGCAGAAAAAAGAGAUAAUCCAGGUCAAGAGGGAAAUGGGCAGAGGGAGAAAACUGAAUAAUAAUACAACUGUAACAGAUCUUGAACUGAGACUAAGGAUAGAGAAACAAAGUGGAGAUGGGAGCAAAAAAGUGGAAACAGCUACAGGAGUUGUAGCAAUGGCAAAAGAAGAGGAUAGGAGAGGCAGGAAGACUGAAGGUGGGAAUGGAAAGAUGAUCGUUCAGAAGGAAAAGGAAGAAAAAAAGAAGAAGCAGCUGUUUAAAACUCGACCAAAAUCUACAGAAAGUGGAAUACAAGGGCAAAAUGAGGUAAAGAAUAAACUUACAAGAACUGCCAGUAAACAGUCUUUCAGUAUUGAGGACUACCUGAAGCUCCUGAAGUUACUAAAGAUUAAUCUGCCCAAUGGAGUCCUGAAUCAAAAAGUCAUCCAGCACUCUGCAGACCCAAACGUCAUACAGGAUGCUCAGGCUAUAAUUAAAGACCUGGAAAAUUUUAAAAUUAAGUUUAUUGCCUCCCCUCGCCUGGGAUGCCGUGAGGUUAAGCAUGCCCUGAUUCUGAAAAAGAGAGGGAAUAUUCAGGAAAUCACUAGGAUCAUAUUUUUUGAAAACUCCAAAGAUUCAGAGAAAACACUAAAGGAGAACUGGGAGAAAAAUGUGUCCAAUACUGGCCAUGGAUUCAGAAUAAGGGACAGAUAUAAAACCACACCUAUCUGCACACCUACCAUGUACGCUACAGCAGAAACAAGGAGCUGGAGACGUUUAGAGCCAGGAGAAGACCUUGCAAGGAUCACAGACGGUAAGAGGGUGAAUGUUCAAGAACUUGAGAAGAUGGAAUACUCCGAUGAAUCCAAGUUCAACCAGGCACAGCCAAAUCCUCAGCGGUUUGGACAUUUUUCACGGAACCCAAACAAUGAAAUGGAAUGCCUCAAAUUCUUCCACGAACAGAAAGAGAUUACAUCAAAAUAUGAAAAACUGACCUACACCAAAGGCAACAAGGUGGAAUUUGGGUUUCUCACAGGAAACCUGGACUUUCUAGUGGAGGCCAAACACAAAAGCACAAAACCCAGCACAUCACACAUGGAAAAAAUCGUCAUAGAAUGUAAAGGGACAACUGGGGACAUGGUGGGCAAACUGUUCACCAAACCCAGUAAUGGAAGUCGUCAAGCUCAGUUCAUUGAGACCCAUGAGUACUGUUACCAAACACAGGCCUACAUGUACAUACUGAAAAGAGUGAUGCCAGCUCCCACUGCAGUCAGAGCUGUGAUGGUGGUCAGACAUUACCACAGCGACAGCAGCAGAUCCAGAGAUUUCUACUGGAACUACCUGAAGGAGGAUAACACCAAGCAUCAAAUUGAUGGGCUAAGAAUUUACUGCCAGGAGGAGGUGUUGGCUCGAUACCUGGCUGUUCUCAGUCUCAUCUACCAGAGAGAGGCUGCUUCGUUGUAAAAAACAUAGUGGCUGUUAACAAGACCUGUGACUAUUAUAACUGACCUCAGUAAGGCUCAUCAUGUUUGUUUUAGUAAGAAUAUUGAGUAGAAAUAUAAAUUUUGAAAAACAUUUUAUACAGUUGGAAAUUUAAACCUUUUUUUAGGGAUACACCACAAUAAUCAAACAAAUCAAAUAUGUAUAACUUUUUGAAAGGAUGUAACAUUAUGUUUUUAUUCUAUUAUCAUGUCAUAUUAUAUCAACCAAAAAUCAAUUACCCAAGGACUCAUAACAUCGUACUGGACGAUAUGUGUAGAUGUAUAUUUAUAUAAAAACAUACACACAAGGCCUGAACAGUCUUUUAUCUUUAUUUAUAUUUAUUUAUUUACAGCAUGUUCCUGUUAAAGCAAUUAACUUUAGUGGGGGUCCUCAUGAGUGUGUGACCUAUCUGGAAAUUUGUUGCAAUGAAAUUUAACAAAUUUUUUAAACUUCCUUUGACAUAUUUAUUAUGAUCAUCUUUGAAAAGUGUAAAAACAUGAUACAACUGGAUUUAUAUUUAGAAAUUAACUAAAUAAUUAAAUAAGAAUUCUAAGUAUAUACAAUUCAAACAAAAAUCGUAUCUCUAAUACAUAAUGAUAAAUCAGGAAAUUCUUCCUUAUCCAAAAUUUAAGAUUUUUAUUGUCACGUCACAGAAUACAGGUGUUCAUGUUAGUGAAAAAUUUGGGUUCUAGGUUCCCACUAGUGUGCUAGUGUAAAAAAAAAACAAUAUUUAUAUGAUGGUGAUCUGUAAUUUCUGAAUUGUGGUAAUUGUAUGGUAAUUGUCGAUGAAGUGCACAUUAAUCCACUAUUUAAACAGCAUUUAUUAAUCUGGUAGAAAAUGUAUGAAAAUGUCAGUUUUACUUGUAAUUUACUUGCAGGGAUUCUUUUUGCACUUAUAUGCAAUAAUGAAGUAUAUUAUUAGCAACUGUGUUGUCUUUUGUCUGAAUCUUUUAUUUAUUUUCUUAUGUAAUGUGAAAUAUGGGUAAGACAUAUGUACAACAAAGGAAGGCUAAUAUAAUGUGGAAAGAAGUCAGUUUACAGGUCAUAGUGUAGCAUUUAGCAUUUAGAGCUAUGUUUUUAAUACAUUUGAGUAAUCCAAAUAUACCUCAGCUAUGCAGAUGACAUUCAAAUCUACUUGGUGCUCAGCCCAAAUAACUAUUGGUGUGUUCAGACAGAUCUAGAGGUCAUGUCAAAGUUGUUACUAAAUCAGGAUCACCUAAACGCUCUUUAUAAACCAGACCAGGAGAAACUUAUCCACACCUUUAUUUCCAGCAGGAUUGAUUAUGACUUCUUAAAAACACGACCGAACUGCUUCACCUAAUUCAGCAUGCAGCGAAGCACAUGCAGCAAAAUCAGUCACACAAAAAGUUGAAAUCAUUAAGAACAAAUCAGUUAGUCCUGCCUUAGAACUAGUCUAUACAUGGAGAGACAGCAUUUAGCUUCUAUUCUGCUCUUAAAUUAAAUCAGUUGAAGGAGAUUAUUGAAUACUAGACACUUUUAAUCCAGGGUGAAAAUAAUUUCUUUAUUUAGUUUUAAUGUAUUUUAUUUAUAAUGCUAUUCAAUAUUUUUGCUCUUUUUUUUCUUCAUGAAAAAAAGGUCCUUGUUUUUUGUUUUUUUUACAAGUACUUCAAUUGUUUAAAGGGUACUAUACGAAUACAUUUGCCUUGACUUGCCUUAUGUACUUUAUAUAGAGUAUGCAUCCUUUUUUUCUUUUAAUAUAGAUAUUUGUACACUAUUACUUCAAAUCAGUUUAUUGUUGCUGUCACACAAAAAACAUAUGUCUCUGGUUUAGCUGUUUUCCACUGUUUAACAUAAUGCGAUUAUAACUGUUGCUUUUGACAUUGUGUUAUAUAUUUACAAUGAACGGACCAAUAAAAAUGCUU